UAGAGAGAGAGAGAGAGAGAGAGAGAGACAGAGAUCUACCAGCAUCACGGUUAACGCAGAGCUACUGCGGGAGAGGAGCUUCUAGCUUAUAUAUAAUAAGAGAGGAGGCGAGGAGAAAAGGAAAGAAAUAUUCUAGAGUUCCUGAUUAGACAUUUUUGUGUAUAAGAGGAGGAUCGCGAGGAUGGGAAAUAAAGCGUUUAUGUUAAUGACGUUGUUGACGUCGUGCGCGUGGACAGGAGUGCAGGGUUUGGCUAUGACUGAGGUCAAUGGACCAGUGGGAGGCCCCCUGGUGGUGGAGCCUCAGAUUGCCAUGUUUUGCGGACGUCAGCUUCUGCACCUGAACACUGCGACAGGUCAAUGGGAGCCAGACCCACAGGGACGUCAAGGCUGCUUCACCCAGCCCAGCAAGAUCCUGUCCUACUGUCAAGAGAUGUACCCAGGUUUGCAGAUUUCCCAUGUUGAAGAAGCUUCCACUCCUAUUACCAUCCCAGCAUGGUGUAAGAAGGGAUGGGGACAUUGCCAGACUCGACCUUUUAUUGUCGUCCCUUUCCGCUGUUUGGUAGGGGAGUAUGUGAGCGAGGCCCUUCUGGUUCCAGACCGCUGCCGUUUUUUGCACCAGGAGCAGAUGGACUCCUGUGAGAGCUAUGUCUACUGGCAUAACAUUGCUAAAGAGGCGUGCACAGCAGACAGUCUGGAGCUCCAUAGUUACGGGAUGCUGUUACAAUGUGGAGAUCGUUUCCGGGGUGUAGAGUAUGUCUGCUGUCCAGGAAGAGGUGGAGCCAGUGGACGUGGUGAAUAUGAGGGUGGGGACAGUGAGCAGGGAGCGACUCCGCCUUUAGUGUCGCUAGCUGGUGAAAAAGAAACAACCAGUGUGAAGGUGACUCCUUCCACCCCCAGCCCCUCUCCUGAAACAGACAUAGAGGAGGAUGACAUGGAGGAGGAAGAGGAAGCCGUGGAGGAGGAAGACAUUGAAGAAGAUGAGGAUGAUGAAGAGGACGAAGAGGCAGCACCCACAACGGUAAAGGAUCCGGAGGAGUAUGAGUACUCCAUCGACUCUGGCACCUAUCAGGCUUCUGAUUAUCUGGAGAACUUCUACUAUGAGAAGAACUCUCAGGGUGCCAAGACCCCAACACAGCAACCUCAGCCACGUGGGGAUGUGCCGACAGUGCGUCCUACAGACGGCGUGGACGUCUAUUUCGAGAUGCCCAGUGAUGACAGUGAACACGCAAACUUCCUCCGUGCCAAGAUGGAUCUGGAGGAGCGACGGAUGAAACGCAUCAAUGAGAUUAUGAAGGAGUGGGCAGAGGCCGAUAACCAGUCCAAGAACCUUCCGAAGUCAGACCGCCAGGCACUGAAUGAGCAUUUCCAGGCCGUGUUACAAACUCUGGAGGAGCAAAUCGCAGGUGAGAGGCAGAGGCUGGUGGAGACUCAUCUUGCCCGUGUUGUGGCCACCCUGAACAAUAACCGCCGUCUGGCACUUGAGAGCUACCUGAGCGCUGUGCAGAGUGACCCACCACAGCCAGAGCGAGUGCUGCAGGCUCUGAAGCGUUACUUGGCUGCCGAGCAGAAGGAUCGGCGACACACACUGCGUCACUACCAGCACAUCGAGUCUGUAGACCCUCAGAAGGCCGAGCAGAUGAAGUUCCAGGUGUACACUCACCUUCAUGUGAUCGAGGAGAGGAUGAACCAGAGCUUGGCGCUGCUCUAUAAAGUUCCUACACUGGCUGAAGAGCUCCACGAUGAGAUCCAGGAGCUGGUGCGGACAGAGAGAGGUGACAUCAGCGAGCUCAUGACCACGUCGUUCUCCGAGACCCGCACCACAGAGGAGCUGCUUCCUGCCGAGAGUGAGGAAGAGAAGGAGGAUGAAGAGGAGGAGGAGAGAGCUUUCCAGAACCGUCCGUACCCACCUCGCAUAGAUCCUCAGCCAAGCAGCAAGAAAGCGUCUGCUGUAGACGAGUACGAUUACAGCACGUCUGAGAGAGCUCCCACCUACGAAUAUGAGGAGAAGUUUAACACCUCGGUGGAGCUGAAGCAGGUGGUCUACAAGUCUCCAGGAAUCCAGCGUGAUGAGCUGCAGCCAGAUGUUCUUGAGACGUUUAACCGUGGUGCCAUGGUGGGGCUUCUGGUGGUUGCCGUUGCAAUUGCCAUGGUGAUGGUGAUCAGUUUGCUGCUGGUGCGUCGUAAGCCAUAUGGCACCAUCAGCCACGGCAUUGUGGAAGUGGAUCCCAUGCUGAGCCCAGAGGAAAGGCAGCUCAGUAAGAUGCAGAACCAUGGAUAUGAAAACCCCACCUACAAAUUCUUUGAGCAAAUGAACUAAAACUUAAAA